CUAGAAUAAAAAAGAAAAAAAAAACGUAAUUAUUAUAUUAAAGAAAAUGAUCAAAAGUGAAGAAGUGGCAUCCGAUUUAAACAGCCGCACAAUGGGCGUUGAUCAGCUAGGCGGGUUUGUCAGUGGCGCCCACUAUCAUCACCAUCAUCCGCACCAUCACCUGGGCAGCGCACAGCACACACAAGCGCAUCCGCACGCACACACCUUCACGCAUCACACACCCACGCACUUGUAUCGCGCUGGGAACACGCUGCCCGCUGGCAGUUUCCAGCUGAUGGGCGGCGAUUCACCCACGGAGCUGGUGGAUGAGAAGCCCAACAUCAGCUACAUGGAUCGCAAGUUCUAUGCAACCACGGUGGAUGCCGCUGGCAAUGUCACGCCCACCCAGCAGCAGCAGCAUUACGGACUGAGUGCGCUGCACAGCAUGGGCACGCCGCCGGCAUCCUCAAGUCCGAUACCAGCAUAUGGCGUGCUAAUGACUGCCCAUUCGGUGGGCUCGGUAUCACCCAAUUCCAGCUCGAAGACGCCCACCGAUCAGGAGAUGUACGUGAGCUCGUCGGUGGUGAAGCCGCUGCAGCUGCAGCCGAUGAAUCAUCAGUACACCUCCACGAUCAAGUACUGCUCCAACAACACCAUACUGAGCGCCAACGACUAUCAUCAGCUGGCCAUGCACGAGGCGGAGCAGCAGCAGCAGCAGCAGCAACAGCAGCAGAACUCUCCGGUAUCCGGCAGCUAUUUGCCGCGCAUCUCGUCCUCGCCCACGCAGGUCAUAGCCAAUGCCCAUGGCCACGGCAUGAACUACUCGAGCGCCAGCUCCUCGCCAGCCAAGUCGCUUAACGGCUCCGAAACGACGCCAGCGAAUGCCACACAUGAGAGCUCCAGCGCGGCGCAGUCCAAGGCGACGGGCUCCAGUGCACAGGAUAACAGCACGCCGGACACGACCAAGAAGUCGGGCACACGUCGGCCGGAGAAGCCAGCCCUGAGCUACAUCAAUAUGAUCGGACAUGCCAUCAAGGAGUCGCCCACGGGCAAACUGACGCUCAGCGAGAUCUAUGCAUAUCUGCAAAAGAGCUAUGAGUUCUUUCGCGGACCCUACGUCGGCUGGAAGAACUCGGUGCGUCACAAUCUCAGCCUGAACGAGUGCUUCAAGAAGCUGCCCAAGGGUAUGGGCGUGGGCAAGCCCGGCAAGGGCAACUACUGGACCAUUGAUGAGAAUUCGGCGCAUCUGUUCGAGGAUGAGGGCAGCCUGCGACGUCGUCCGCGCGGCUAUCGCUCCAAGAUCAAGGUCAAGACCUAUGCCGUCAAUCCGAACAGCUUCUACAGCGGCAGCUACGCGGAUGGGGGCAUGGACACGGCCAACUUCUAUGCGACGCCCACGUAUGCCAGCUAUGACUAUAGCGCUGCGGCCGGAGCAGGUUCCACGGCGGCUCAGGGCUUCGGCGAUGCCUGGAACGUGCAUGCGGCGCACAGCGGCGCGCCAGCUGUGGCCGUGGGCACACUGCCCCAGUACUCGAACAUAACCUGCCUGACGUCGGUGGGCAACAAUCUGAAUGGCUCACCCACGCCGCCGUUGGCGCACUCGGCGCUGGGCAUGUCCUCGACGGCGGGCCCCUCCAGUUCGCCGGUGUCGGCGCUUCAAAGUGAUUAUGCGCCAGCCGCCAGUCUCGUGGCCGCGGGCUACUCCUAUGCAACAAGUGGCAGCGGCUUGGAUAACGGUCUGCGCUCCAUGUCGCUGCAGCAGCUGCCCGCCCUGUCCUCAAUCCAGACGGGACAGUCGCAGUCGCACCAUCAUCAUCCGCAUCAUCCGCAUCAUCCGCAUCAUCCGCAUCAUGGUCAUCAUCAUGGAAGCAUGACGCCGCCGCCAUCGCAAUCGGGCAACCAUGGCACAGAUCGCUCGCCCAUCGAUCUAAAACCGGUUUACCUGACGCCCAUGACCCCGCCCCCGACAUCGGUGAACGGCGGCUACUACGAGACAAUCAAAUAUUCGAAUUAGUGCAGCCCGAUCUUAUUGGGCAUUACUCCCGUACAUACAAACAUGUGUAUAAGUUAUUUUGCAUUAUUACCUCAAAGGAUAAUCAAGUUUAAUGUUAGCCUUUAAGUAGUUGCAGACAAAGUUAGUUGCUUAGUGCGUAAUCCAAGGAAUUCUUAUCAAAUAAAAUAUAUCAUAUAAUUAGCAUGUAUUUAUA